AUGGUGGAUAAUAAUUUCACAGAGUCUUUCAACUCUUGGAUCCUGGAAGCAAGAGGUAAGCCAAUCCUAAAAAUGCUUGAAGAUAUAAGAAUCAAGAUAAUGAACAGGUUAAGAGAGAAGGAAGAAGAUGCAAGCAAAUGGACUACUGAUUACAGUCCUAAGUGCAUGAAAUUGUUCACUGCAUAUAUGAGAAUAGCUCAAUUAUGUAGUGUCGAUUUCAAUGGUGAUCUUGGAUAUGAAGUGUCUGAGGGUGAAGAUAGGCACACAGUGAACUUGAAAAUAAAACCAAAGAAUGAAAUUAAUUGGUGGUAUAGUAAGGAAGCUUAUUUGAUGACAUAUAGGGCAAAGUUGAUGCCUGUAAGAGGUGAACAAUUCUGGAAUGUAUUGCCAGAACACGCAAUUGAUCCACCUGAUCUUGUGAAAACAGUGGGAAGACCAAAGACCAAAAGAACUAGGGAAAAGGAUGCAACAAUUAAAAGAGCUGGAGAGUGGGCUCACUCAAGAAAAGGAACUAAAAUGACAUGUAGUAAGUGUGGUGAAACAACUCACAAUGCAAGAACAUGCAAUUUUGUUGAAGGAGAACAAGGGCCAACAUUGAAGAGAAAAAAGGGCAGAACUGAGGAAGAGUCUGAAGAAGAGGUUGAAGAAGCCCAUGAAGAAGAUUAUGAUGUUAAUAGCUCAGCCCCUAGACCAACACAAGAUGAAGAAUACCAUUUCAUGUCCUCACUACAGUAUGAACCCUUUGGACCUGCUAGAGAGCCUGAAAGUGAUCCAGAUAUAAGGCCUCAAGUCAUAUCUGAAAAUCGCACAAAACUGAAAAUGAGGAUGAAUCAACAAAGAGCAACUGGAAAUAGAGUUAUAUCUUUUAGAGGUGAUCAUGCUGGAAUUAGUGAGCCUACAGAUUUGCCUUACUCACCUACUAAUCUCACUUGGAAAGGAAAAGAAGCUGUCACUGGCAAUCAGCUGGAAAGAGAGAGACAGAAGAAGGUGGACAAGUUGAAGACAAGAAAAACUAAUGGGAAAUCCCAGAUUUGA